AUGGGUUGUGGUAUUCCUCAGAAAAGUCAUAAAAAAAAAGAAAAAGAAGAAGAAGAUGAUACAUCUCUUCAUAACUUCUGCAUUUUUAACGCUUCUCCUAUUGCUGGCCUCAAAAUUAAUCAACUUCAGAAGGGUAAUUUUUCCUUUAAUGUUAAAGGGAUAAGAUAUAAUAUAGUAAUAAGUGAUGCAAAAACUCCAGAAAAAUCUCAAGUUUUUAUGUAA